UGCAGAGAUAAAUCGCCCAUCCCGGAUAAAUACAGGCAUUUUGAGGAGGUAUAUAGAUGCCUUAGGUUCUGGUGGAUUUCAAGAAAUCCCCCUAGAAGUGAUAUGAUGGAGAUCCGAGCCUGUAUCCUUAUAGUCUUCUUCGUCUAUCAGGUGUUCUGUGCUGGAGCCCGGGAGGAAGCAGAAGGGGACUGUGUACCUGGCUUCCAGGUGAAGAAGCACCAGGUUCAGUACGAUGGGGGAUUUGUGGAGGGAGUACCACUCCUGAGAGUGGACUUCAAUGAUUGUGCGGCGAACGAGGAGGUGCGUUUCGAGGUCUCGCACCCCGACUUCGAGGUGGACGAGGAGCGGAGGCUGAUACCGCGGCGGGACGUCAUUGACAGCGGAGGCGUCCUGUUCAUCCACGGGCUGAACGCCCACUCCGAUGAUAUGGCCCAAGUGGACAUCGUAGGGGCUCCACCCAGAUCUCCACAGACCCUCAGGGAGAUCCUUGGUCUGGGCCAGCUGCCAUACAGAAAGAGGAGGUCGCUGCUUGUGCCUCCCAUGUUCGUACCAGAAAAUCAGAGGCCGCCCUUUCCUAGAGCCAUUGGCAUGGUGAUUUCGGCUGACAUGCAGGACAACCACGUCUUUCGUCUGACAGGGAGGGGGGUGGACCAGGACCCCAAGGGGGUGUUCCGAAUUGACAAACUGACCGGGGAGGUCGCCGUGCUCCGGCCACUCGACAGAGAGGAAAUCGCCAUAUAUCAUCUGGAAGUGUCCACCACGGACUUGAGUGGAAAGGUAGUGGAAGGCCCCGUCGCCCUGGAAGUGUCUGUGAUCGACCAGAACGACAACAGGCCCAUCUUCCAGGAGGCCCGAUACGCCGGGGAGGUUCUGGAGGGCUCCCCGACAGGAACCACGGUCAUGACGAUGACAGCGUACGAUGCAGACGACCCCAGCACGGAAAACGCGGUGCUGCGUUACUUCAUUACCAAGCAGUCCCCCGACAAGCCCUCCCCCAACAUGUUCUACAUCGACCCCGAGAGGGGUGACAUCGUCACGGUGAUCUCACCCACGCUGCUGGACAGAGAGACGCUGCCCACCACACAGUAUGAGCUGGAGAUCGUUGCCAAGGACAUGGCAGGGAGCAACGUGGGAUUAUCAGGGACGACCACGGCCACCAUCACUAUCACCGAUAAGAAUGACCACGCCCCCGAGUUCACACAUUCGCUGUUCCAGGCAUCCGUGGACGAGGGCUCAACGGGGGUCAUCGUGAACCUGACGGUGGACGACAGGGAUGACCCAGCGACCGGCGCAUGGCGGGCCGUUUACUCCAUCAUCAACGGCAACGUGGGCCAGAACUUCGAGGUCCAGACCAACCCGGACAACAAUGAGGGCAUGGUGUCUGUAGUGAAGCCCCUGGAUUACGAGAACACAGCCUACCACACGUUGCUGAUCCGGGUGGAGAACGAGGACCCCCUGGUGCCCAACGUGGGUUACGGACCCAGCUCCACGGCCACAGUACAUGUCACGGUCAUGGACGUCAACGAAGGUCCCGUGUUCUUCCCCGACCCCAUGCUGGUGACCAAGCGUGAGAACGCGCCGGUGGGAAGCUUUGUGGCCACGCUCAACGCCACCGAUCCCGACAUCCUGCAGACGCAGUCUAUCAGGUUCGCACUGCUGGACGACCCAGCGGCCUGGCUCACCGUUAACCCAGUCAAGGGCACCGUGAACACCACGGCCAUCUUGGACCGAGAAUCUUCCUUCGUUCACAACAACAUGUACAGUGCUGUCUUCAUUGCUAUAGACAACGGUAGCCCAGCUGCCACAGGCACGGGGACACUGGUUAUAACGCUGGAAGAUGAAAACGACAACCCUCCGUAUCUCUACCCGGGCGUGGCGCGCAUCUGCGAGGAGGCCAAGGACUUGAACGUGAUGGUCGUGGGCGGCAGGGACAAGGACGUCUUCCCCAACGCCGACCCCUUCAAAAUCGAGCUGGGCAAGCUGCCGGGCCUGGAGAAGACAUGGAAGGUCACUACAGUCAACAGCACACACUCCCAGGUCACACUGCUACACAGCCUGAAGAGAGCAAACUACCAUCUGCCCCUUCUGGUGACCGACUCAGGAGUGCCACAGCUGUCCAACAGCACCGAGAUCAAAGUGCAGGUGUGCACCUGCAAGAAGAACAAGAUGGACUGCAGCAGUGCCUGGGCGGUGCGUGCCAACCUGCUAUGGCUGGGACUGGCCCUGCUCUCUGUCCUCUAUCUGUGAAGUCUGCUGAUUCCUGGCUUUUUUUGUGUUUCUCUUUUGAGAUUGAAGUAAAACACAAGGAGAUAAAAUAUUUCUCACCCCCAAAAUAUAAAAAAAUUAUCAUGAAUGCCCAUCCUUCUGAAAAGUCCUUUCAAAGAUAUCUAGAUCUCUCUCCACACCCAUCGCUUCACACUGCACAUAGAUCUACCCCUCGCCCCCCCCCCGAUUCUCAGUUUCUACCUGCUGCUCCCCCAGUAUCUGCUUCUAUCCUGCCCCAUGUCUUUCUACCAACCAGGCCCUCCUCAGUCUCAGUCUCUGUCCUGUCCCAUAUCAGUCUCUCGACCAACCAGGCCCUCCUCAGUCUCAGUCUCUGUCCUGUCCCACAUCAGUCUCUCGACCAACCAGGCCCUCCUCAGUCUCAGUCUCUGCCUCUGUCCUGUCCCACAUCAGUCUCUCGACCAACCAGGCCCUCCUCAGUCUCAGUCUCUACCUCUGUCCUGCCCCAUUUUGCCUCUCUGUCCUUUUCUUCCAACCACUCUGUAUCUCCGGUCUACCCCUUCACGCACUAUCUGUACCCCCACGCCCCCAGCACUGUCAGCCAUACCUCUCGGAGACACAUCCAUCCGUGAGCGUCUUCUCUCCUCUCCCUUGAAUGGAUUUUUCUGCCUCUGUCGCCUCCAUAUAUUUCGUCUGGAUGUUUCUCUACUUUCCAAGCAAAUGCAUAGAAACAUCACAAGAGCCCGAGUCUGUGGCGGGAGGGAGAGUGGCUGAUGUUUCCUUUAUUUUCUCCGGUUUCUUUUGUGCCACAGACAACUAUAUUUGAUCUCAUUUCUUAUUUAAGGAGAGAACAACGAUUAAAUUUUGUCUGCAGCAGUAAGGCUCUUUUAGGGCAGGGUUAGUUUUUUUCAACUUUGUUUUGCUGCAUUAGUUGUAAUUGAGUGGAAUAUAGCGUAUCCUCUAUAGUAACAGUGUGAAAUUUGACAGAAAUACACUAUAUAUUUUUUCUUUUUUUUUUUUACAACUGUAACAAUAUAUUAAGUUGUGUGCCGUUGACUGCAGACAGCUGAACUCCCCAUCUAUGACCUGUCCCCCCCAGCCAAGAGAAAAAAAAAGAGUAAAAAUUAAUCUUUUUGCAAAUGUAGGGCACUGUUUCUAAUGUUGUUGAUGUUUUUCUCCUUUUGACAUACAUACUGCAGUCUUUUGAGAAUAGGGGAUGUUUUAGGUUUGGGGUCUUAGAUUAAUUUCCAGACUGGCAGUCUUUGCGCCCCAGUGCUUUAUGGUUUCUGAUCAUUUCUGCCUAGAGCACAGGCCUCCCCAAAUCACUCAGCAGAAAGACAGAAGCCUGUUGAUUUGGUGGCUGGUUUUGCAUUCUUUUUGGAUCGUGAGUUUCUGUGGGUUUGUGUAAAAGAUCCCGUAAGUCAUGAACAAACAGAAAUAUGGAUGAUGUCAUGAGUGAGUUAUGUCUGUCUUUUGCACUGACUUAAUAAACCCGUUACUGUACCUCCCA